GAUGAAGAAGAUGCUGAUAAAUGUGAAGACGAAGAAGAAAAGCCUAAAACAAAGACAGUGAAGGAAACAACUUAUGAGUGGGAACUUUUAAAUGAUGUGAAGGCUGUAUGGCUGCGGAGUCCAAAGGAGGUUACAGAGGAAGAGUAUACCAAAUUCUACAACUCUCUUGCCAAGGAUUUUAGCGGCGACAAACCUUUAUCAUGGAGCCACUUUACUGCUGAAGGUGAUGUCGAGUUUAAAGCAGUCCUUUAUGCGCCACCAAAAGCACCUCAGGACUUGUACGAAAGUUAUUACAAUUCAAACAAAUCAAACUUGAAGUUGUAUGUUAGACGAGUGUUCAUUUCAGAUGAAUUUGAUGAAUUGUUGCCUAAGUAUCUGAGCUUUUUGAUUGGUCUUGUUGAUUCUGACACUUUGCCACUGAAUGUAUCACGAGAAAUGCUUCAACAACACAGUAGUCUGAGGACAAUAAAAAAGAAACUUAUUAGGAAAGCCCUUGAUAUGAUCUGUAAGCUUGCUGAAGAGGAUCCUGAUGAGUCCACUGACAAAGAAAAGAAAGAAGAGUCGUCUUCUGAAGUUGAUGAGAAGAGAGGUCAAUACACUAAGUUCUGGAAUGAAUUUGGAAAAUCCAUUAAACUUGGUAUCAUUGAGGAUGCCACCAACAGAAAUCGUUUGGCUAAACUGCUCAGAUUUGAGACCACCAAGUCUGAGGGUAAAUUGGUAUCUCUCGACCAGUACAUAUCUAGAAUGAAAGCUGGACAGAAGGAUUUCUUUUACAUAACUGGAGCCAGCAAAGAACAGCUUGAAAAUUCUCCAUUCCUAGAGCGGCUUAAGAAGAAGAAUUAUGAGAUGGAUUUGGAGUUUCUGUCUGAUGCUGAUGGCCAUCUAACUGAAGUGGAAAAAGAUGCAAAGACAACAAAUAUUCUGAGUAUUCCAAAAUUUUGAGUUCGACGUUGACUU